CGUGUCGCCGCGCCCGGACUCCCGGGCCCGCUACUGCCCCGCGCGGCCCCGUUUCCAGCCCCAGGGAGCCCCUUGGAGAAGGGGGGCCGGGCGGCUCCUGCCCCCCGCCCAGCGGGGACAGGCUCCGGCCCGCACAGAUACGCCCUGUCUGUCCCUUCCCUGCUACCAAGGACCUCGCCUUGCCCCAGACCCCAAUAGCCCCAGACCAUGGCGAUGGCUGCAGCGGGGCCGGCGCAGCUCCAGGUGGCGUUUGAGGACGUUGCUCUGUAUUUCACCCGGGAGGAGUGGGAGCUCUUAUCCCAGCCAGAGAAGCAGCUGUAUCGGGACCAGAUGCUGAGGAAUUACCGGGCCCUUGUUUCCCUGGGCUAUUCAGGUUCCAUACCAGACUUAAUCCACCGGAUCGAGGUAGGGGAGGCAGAGCUCUGGAUCUGGGAUGCCGAGGGCUCCAGGGAAAACUCAGGGCCUGAGAGCCCCUCCUCAGCAGGGCACAGGAUCCGGGGAGGAACGAGUACACAGUCUGAAUGUGGGGAGAGUGUGGGAGGAAAGCAGGAUCCCGCGGCCCACGGGGGGAGCCAUGGACAGGAUGGAGUCAAUCCUCGUGCCGAGCGUGGGGAUGGACUCAGCCCGAGACCGGACCUGGCUCCACACCAGAGGCUUGCCAUGGGGCAGCAAUCCCACCGCUGCGUCGACUGCAGCAAGAGGUUCAGCAACGCCUCGGCCCUGACCCAGCACCGGCGCACGCACAGCGGGGAGCGGCCGUACCGCUGCGCCGACUGCGGCAAGGGCUUCAUCCGAGCCUCCGCCCUGACCCAGCACUGGCGCACGCACACCGGGGAGCGGCCCUACUGCUGCGCCGACUGCGGCAAGGACUUCGCUCAGCUCUCCCACCUGACAGCACAUCAGCACACGCACACCGGGGAGCAACGGUACCGCUGCGCCGACUGCGGCCAGAGCUUCUGCUGGGCCAAGUCGCUGCACCGGCACCGGCGCACGCACACCAAGGAGUGGCCGUACCGCUGCGCCGACUGCGGCAAGAACUUCAGCGACGCCGCCUCGCUGAGCCGGCACCGGCGCACGCACACCGGGGAGCGGCCGUACCUCUGCGCCGACUGCGGCAAGAGCUUCGGCAACGCCUGGACGCUGACCCAGCACCAGCGCACGCACACCGGGGAGCGGCCGUACCGCUGCGCCGACUGCGGGAAAGGCUUCAGCAACGCCAGCACGCUGACCCAGCACCGGCGCUCGCACACCGGGGAGCGGCCGUUCCGAUGCACCGACUGCGGCAAGAGCUUCGGCAACGCCAGCACCCUGACCCAGCACUGGCGCACGCACACCGGGGAGCGGCCGUUCCGAUGCACCGACUGCGGCAAGGGCUUCGGCAACGCCAGCACCCUGACCAAGCACCGGCGCACGCACACCGGGGUGCAGCCGUACCGCUGCGCCGACUGCGGCAAGGACUUCAGCCAACAGGCAAACCUUACCAGGCACCUAGCCACGCAUGCUAAUACCUCUCUACCACCACCCGGCCCUGAGGGGCUUCCGGGGGCCAGGGGGCUUGGCACAGCUCCAGCAGAUGCAGACCAGGCUGUGGUCCUGUCUUCAUGAUGCCCAGUGGAGAGUCCAUGUCGGGGCAAGGAAGGGAAUUUGGCUGAGCACUGUGGGGAAAGGGUUGACAGCUGGAUUGUGGAGAUGCCCAUGAGCUUAUUGUGCCUUCAGAGCAAUUGGUCAUGUCCUACUCCAUUAGUGUGACCCUCCCACCCCAUCUAGCUGGGAUCCAGCCAGGACGCUCCCUGCCCUGCCAUCUAGCCAGGACCCACCCUUCUCUCUCUGUCUCUCUCUCUUACACACACACACACACACCUCUAACGGGGACCCAGCCAGGAACUCCCCCCCACAAGAGGGGUGGGCAAACUUUUUGGCCUGAGGGCCACAUCGGGGUUGGGAAACUGUAUGGAGGGCCCGGUAGGGAAGGCUUUGCCUCCCCAAACAGCCUGGCCCCCUGUCUGCCCCUUCCCACCCCCCUCAGAACCCCUGACCCAUCCAAGAUGCCCCCCUGCUCCUUGUCCCCUGACCGCUCCCUCCUAGGGCCCCCCGUCUCUAACCGCCCCCCCCCCCCCCGGGACCCUACCCCCUAUCCAACCACCCCCUGCUCCCUGUGCCCUGAGUGCCCCAAUCCCUAUCCACACCCCUGGCCCCUGACAGGCCCCCCCCCGGGACUCCCACACCUAUCCAACCUCCCCCCACCCCCCUGUUCCCAGUCCCCUCACCGCCCCCCCCGAACCUCCGCCUCCCUGCUCCCUGUCUGCCCCCUUACCAAGCUCCUCAGAGCAGCAAGAGCUUGCAGCCAUGGCCCUGGGCUUCCCGGCAGGAGUGGCGGGCCAGAGCGCAGGCGGCGUGCUGAAGCUGCGGGGGAGGAGGGAUAGCAGGGGAGGGGCCGGGGCUAGCCGCCCCGACCGGGAGCUCAGGGGCCAGGCAUGAUGGUUCCACGGGCCGGAUGUGGCCUGCGGGACGUAGUUUGCCCACGUCUGCCCCACAACCAUCAGCUCCAGCCAGGACACUCCAGAGGUGGGAUUUGCCGUCCCAUCUCAGCGUGGAUUGGUCUGAGGGACAGGGCGGGACAGCCUGGUCCAUGUGAUUGGAAGAAGACUCGGGAACUGCUCAUGCUGUCUGUUUUAAAUAGAAAUGUGAUCAAUAAGAAAUAUGUAACAAAUCUUUAACAAAGGUCUGUCUAACUAUAUUGGAUAUUAAAGAAGCGGAUCCAUUCAGUUGGCAUGUGGAGAAGCCAAUGUGAAAUGUUUCAGAGUAGCAGCCGUGUUAGUCUGUAUUCACAAAAAGAAAAGGGGGACUUGUGGCACCUUAGAGACUAACCAAUUUAUUUG